CUGCUACAGGAUUCAGUACGGAGAAGGGCUUUCACAGUCAGGCAGUGAAUGUAUUGUAUAUGAUUAGGCUGGAAAGGGAAUUAGGGAGGUUUAAGAAAGGACCUUAAUCAGAUCGAAGGAUAGCCUUUCUCUUGAUCUAUCCUAAAAUAGUAGUUUAACCCUAGAUCACUUUCCAUCCCGGAAUAUGGAAUGGGAAUUAGAGAAGCUUUUCCCCCGUAAAAUCAAGACAGGAGAGGAGAUGCAAUGGGAGAAAAUAAUGAAGAAACUUGCUAAUGAAACAAAGUGGAGUUCACAGCAAUACGUAGGCCGACUGUUUAAGGCGGCAGAAAGAGGAAAGCUGAUGCGCUCUUUAUUCAAAACCAGUACCACGGGGAGCAGGAUGAAAUGGGAGCUGCCAAGCCCAGUUGCCAGUAGCAGCCCUGUUGUUGCAAAGUGGCAGAGCUUGCCCAGAAGAGACUGCAGAAGAACAGCCGCAUCAAGUGGAGCUCCAGUAGCGACUGUAAUAGAGGAAGAAGGAAGAACUAGAACUGGGACAUUGGCAAGUGCAGCAACUAAGGUUAACACCGUGACGGCAACAACAAGCGACCUAUUUAGGGCUGGAGUAGAAGUUGUAACAAUGAUACAGUCAGAAGACAGGACAUUAAUAGCAGCAGAGAGUGGAACUGAGACAGGAGAUGACAGCCAAACUAGAUCUGUGACUGAUGGUGGGACCAUGACAGAACCAGAUAAGGAGACUGGGCCUGGGUUUGAGGAAGUCAUGAAGACACAGACAGAUACAGAGCAAUUAACCAAAGGGAUCCUCCCCUGUAGGAAGAAAGCUUUUCAGCAAGCAUGUUUGGGACACUGUGCGUCUCCAGGUUACAAGAACAAUCUAGGUGACAUGUUUCUCUCUGGUAAAUGUGAUGGUACAAAAAGGAAACGAUGCAUACCUUUCCUCCCGAUGAAAGUCUUAGAUGCUCCAGGUCUGAAGGAUGAUUACUAUCUUAAUUUGGUUGAUUGGAAUGCUGCAAAUCUGGUAGCCAUUGCUCUAUCUGAUACAGUAUAUCUUUGGCACCCAGAGAAGGGAGUGCAUGAGGCCAUAAGUGUGGAGCCAGGGUACAUCUCAUCAGUCGCCUGGAUUAAAGAUAGAAACAACCUUGCAAUUGGAACCAGUGCUGCUGAUGUGCAGUUGUGGGACAUUGAGACAAAGAAGAAAUUACGCAGCAUGCAUAGCCACAGUUCAAUGGUUGGUGCUUUGAGCUGGAACAGCUAUAUUCUUAGCAGUGGCUCCCGAUUUGGAUCUAUUCACCACCAUGAUGUAAGAAUUGCACAUCACCAUGUUGGUAGUCUCUUUGGUCACAGCUCUCAAGUGUGUAGCCUCAAAUGGUCACCAAAUGGUGCACUACUCGCUAGUGGGGGUAAUGACGGUCUGCUGAAUAUCUGGUUUAAUGAUCCAGGAGCCAACAAUAACAGUAAACCAGACAUGACCAUUAAUAAUCAUAAGUCAGCUGUAAAGGCCAUGAACUGGUGCCCUUGGCAAUCUGGAAUACUUGCUGUAGGAGGAGGAAUGAAAGAUGGACAUUUGCGUAUAUGGGACACAAAGAGUGGGAGCUGUAUCCGAGAUGUGGAUACAAAGUCACAAAUUUGUUCAUUACUCUGGCUAUCACAACACAAUGAGUUAAUAACUGGCCAUGGACUUCCCAAGCACCAGAUCUCAGUCUGGAAUUACCCAACUCUUGUGAAAUCAGCAAAUCUCAAAGGUCACAGAGGGAGAGUUCUGCAUAUGGCAUCCAGUCCUGAUGGCAACGUAGUGUUUUCAGCAGCAGCUGAUGAAACAGUGUGUUUAUGGAACUGUGUCACUGCCAGUGAACAGAAGCAGGAUGUAAAACAGGCUUUCAAUGUUGAGGGUUCACAAUACUGACUGCUGAGAGCAAAGUAGUUCUUAGUAGAACAAGCAAUAGAUAUUAUUGUUUCAAAAAUAUUGCUUUUGAAAUCUGUCACCCUUGACUCUUUGAUGUAAGAUAUCUGCUGGAAUGUUUUUGAAACAGUGUUUCUUGAAAGCUGUAAAUAUUAAUAUUCAGAGAGAUUUGACUAUAUUUGUGCAAGGAAUUUGGAAAUUUAGCCUGUGGACAUAACCUACAAUUUGGAAGGCAAAUGGGAUGUUGGCCUAUAUUGUAAAGGAAUUAGAUUUCAGGAAUAAAGUUUUGGCACAAUUGUUUAGGGCUUUAGUGAGAUCAGCUAGAAUAAAGUGUGCAGUUUCUGCCUCCAUAUAUAAAGAAGCAUUAUUUUCACUGGAAGCAUUACAACAAAGAUUCACCAAGUUGGCACUUGGAGUGAGAGAUUUGUCCUAUGAUGAGAAUUUGAGUAAAUUGGGCCUACAUUCUUAGAAAUUUAGAAGAAUGAGAGGCAAUCAACAACCGAUGACUUGUCCUGGACUGCCAAUGUAAAUGCAACAGUCAAGAAGGCACAACAAGGCCUCUUCUUCCUCAGGCAGCUCAGGAAGUUUGCCAUGUCCAUAAGGUCCCUCACCAACUUCUGCAGAGGUACCGUUGAAAGCAUACUGUCUGAGGGCAUAAUGGCCUGGUAUGGCAACUGCUGUGCCCAGGACCGUAAGAAAUUACAGAAAGUGGCGUGCACAGCCCAGACCAUCAUAGAAGCCAACCUUCCAUCCAUGGCCUCUGUUUACACGGCUUGCUGCUGCAGAAAGGUGGCCAACAUCAUCAAAGGCCCAUUGUGCCCUGGAAAUGACCUCCUACAACCUCUUCCAUCAGGCAGAAGAUACAGAAACCUGUAUCUAAUAUACACACACAAGCAGGUUCAGGAACAGCUUCUUUCUGGCCGUUAACAGACUGUCGAAUGGGUUCUAGCCUCAAAU